AUGCUUAUUCAAGCUGGUGCCACUGUGGAUGUCUUUAAUUCCCAGGGACAUACGCCGCUACAUGUGGCUAACGAGUAUGCGGUUGCAAAGUUGCUAAUAGAGGGUGGUGCGGACGUGGACUUACCGACGAUAAACGAGGGAGAGACGGCGCUGCAUAAAGCUGCGAGGGCUGGGGAUGGAAGGUUGGUUUUAUUGUUGCUGGCGGAAGGGUCCGAGGUUGGGAUUGUGGACGCUCAGGGCAUUGAUCAGUGGAGGACAUCCGGAGAGGGUCAUGUUGAAAUGUUGAAGCUGUUUUGGACGGCGGGGGCGUGGAGGUAA